AUCACGACCUUCGAUUUCCUUCCAUUUUUUCAUACCUCGCACACCAUUUGAUCCGAUUCCCCCCUUUUCUCGAUUCCUCCCUUAAACACUGAUUCUCCUCUCUGUAAAUUUUCGCAAAAGAUUCGACGUUUCUUCGAAUUCUAACAACAUAUUCCCUCUCUUUUUUCGCUUUGAAUCAAUCCUAUCAUCCGAAUUGAGAAUACCCUUUUCCCAGUUUAUACCUGAAAAUCAAUAUCAGUCUCGAUCAAAGAUGUUGGAUACCGGACUUGAGCUUGUAUCCUGAGACACUGCAAUUACGUCUCGGUAUCUGCUUGAAGCGAUCUUGAUUGGUGCUGAAGGAGUUAGGGUUUUGCUUUUAUUUGAAGUUUGGUUGCGAUCAGUGACAUGAAGAUCGAGGAUUUGGAUGAUUCUUCCGAUUUGAGAAUCAUUAAUCGUACCGUCGAGUAUGAUUCUAGACGGCAGAUUGUCGCGGUUGAUGCGAAGAGAGCGUUAGUCGGAGCCGGUGCUCGGAUCCUGUUUUACCCUACUCUUCUGUACAAUGUUUUCCGUAACAAAAUUCAAGCCGAGUUCAGAUGGUGGGAUCAAGUUGAUCAGUUUCUUCUUCUGGGUGCUGUUCCAUUUCCAAAAGACGUCCCUCGAUUGAAGCAGCUUGAUGUUGGUGGUGUCAUCACUCUCAACGAGCCAUAUGAAACUCUUGUUCCAACUUCUUUAUAUCGCGCCUAUGACAUAGAGCAUCUUGUCAUCCCCACAAGAGAUUACCUAUUUGCCCCUUCAUUUGUUGACAUCGACCUAGCUGUAAAUUUCAUUCACAAGAAUGCAAGCCAUGGUAAAACAACUUAUGUACACUGCAAAGCAGGGAGAGGAAGAAGCACCACAAUUGUUCUUUGUUACUUGGUUGAAUACAAGCAGAUGACUCCAGCUUCUGCUUUGGAAUACGUGCGAUGUAGGCGACCUAGAGUCCUCUUGGCUCCAUCUCAAUGGAAGGCGGUUCAAGAGUAUGGUCAGUGGCGCAGGAGUAAAAUGUCAAAAACGCCCUCGGGUUCGGGGGAUGCGGUGCUGAUAACGAAAGCGGAUUUGGAAGGGUACCGGAGUCCAUCAAGAGGGAAAGAAGUGGGGGUGAGAGUGGCAAAAAGUGGUUUGAUGAUAGCAAAGUUAUCGUGUAUCUUUGCUUCUUUGAAGGUUUCGAAUUCGAGAGGUGUAACAACAGUUCCUGUUAGUUUGAAACUAAUAACAGAGACAUCUGCUUGUUAGUUUUUAUUUUAGUUGACAAGUUUAGAGAGGGAUCAAAGUGGAAAAUAGUGAGAGAGCUGUUUUCUGUGAUUCUGUGAAUCUUGGGGAUGGUUUUGGUUCAAGACAGGAGGAGAUGAGGAAAUAAUAAUGAUGGAAGAAAAGAAAAAAAGACAUGGAUGCUUUCUUGGCAUCUUCAUGGAAUGAAUGGGUGUAUAUAUUUAUUUUGUGACUCGUGUUUUGUUGUUAUUUGAAUAAGUCGUUUCGUGCUUCA